AUGAUUGAAUUAAUUGAUAAAAAAUUUCACGAUAUAGAACUAAGCAAGGAUAAAGCCGGUUUAUUGGCAGUAUCAUGAAAACUAUUAGAGCUUGUAACUGGCUGCGAGGCAUUCUAUAAAAGGCAUUUUACUCAGCUGAUUUAUCAUGAUAUUAUUCAAGAAAGAACGCUUUUAGCUUAUGGACUAAUUAAGCGUUCAAUUAAUUAA